AGACCAUAAAAGUCCUUCAACCCUUCACAAAACACAAAUCAACUUCUCUCAUUUUGUCAUUUCCGACCAUGUCUGAUUCCGACAGCUGCUGCCGUUGCUGCACCAGCUUCAUUCUUACCUCCGGCUUAUCCGUUCUAUUCAUAUGGCUAAGUCUCCGGGCAUCUUUACCCACAUGUUACAUCCAACAAAUCUACCUUCCCGCCCUCAACAAAACCAACUCCGGCGACAACAAUCUCACCAAAAACACAACCCUUUUCUUCCAAAUCAAACUCGACAACAAGAACAAAGACAAGGGUGUUUACUAUGAUGCUCUCAAUCUAACCAUUUACUAUAGAUCCAAUCAAACCCUUCCAAUUGCAAACGCCACCUUGCCAGCGUUCCAUCGAGGACCUAAUAAAAAACAUUAUUGGUCCCAGCUCAUCACCACAUAUGGGAUUCCAUGGGAUGAAGCCAUUAGAUCAGCUUCCAAUACCUCAGGCGCGGUUUUCAGAGUCGGGUUAGAGACGGCGGUCAGGUUCAAGAUCUCCUUUUUUAAAACCAAGAGACACAGGCUAGCUGUCGGAGCUGACGUGGCAAUGAACGAUAUGGGUACUAAAAUCAGGAAAAAGGAUGUCAAGCUAUCUUCAUCGCCGCCGUCGCCUCUACUCCGGCGACGUAUGGAUCUCGUUCUAUGGACUGUAAUUCUCUUCUACUUUUUUAUGUAAAAAAAACCUAAAUUCAAUUAUUUGUGUAAUCAAAUUUAACUUCAAUUUCAAUGGCGGAAAUGGC